AUGCAAAAAAAAACGCCCAAUAAAAUAUAUUGGGUAUGUAUAGUUAAAGGCUGUGAUGUAUAUGCCCAUACUGAUAUAAAUCAAAAUUAUUUGUCUGGUGACGAAGGUACUGCUAAAAAUCGACGUAAAACAAUACCACCAGUACCAGCAUCAUGUCUAUUUGAUAUUCCUAAUGAUUUUAAACUAACAAUUGAAAAAAAAGAUUUUUAUUAA